AUGGUGCUCAAAAGCUUGAUUCGUCGUUUUUCUUCUUCUCCUUCUUCAUUCACAAAACCAGGUAAAGUUACUACAACCAUACCACAAGAUUUAGUACUUAAAGUAACCCAGCUUGAGAAAUUCCUCCAAAAUGAUUGUAAAGAAGGUAAUGUCACUCUUGAUGAAGCACGAUAUUUCUUUGAAUACAUGAUUCAUUUGCAACCAAAACCAUCAAUUUCAUCUUUCAACCAGUUGCUUGGAGCACUGGCUAAGAAAAAGUUUUAUGAAGAUGUUAUUUUGCUUUACAAGCGAGUGGGUUCGAUGGGGUUGUUGCCCGAUCUUUAUACUUUGAAUAUUUUGAUCAAUUGCUUUUGUAAUGUGGGUCGAGUUUGUGAUGGUUUUGUUGUUUUUGGGAGGAUUUUGAAGCGGGGUUUUAACCCAAAUGCUGUGACUUUGACUUCUUUGAUUAAAGGUUUGUGUUUAGAGAAUAGGAGUAUGGAGGCUGUGGAGUUGUUCAUGAAAAUGGCUGUGUUUGGGGUUAGGCCUAACGUGAUAACGUAUGGGACUUUGAUUAACGGUUUAUGUCGAACAGGGAAAACGAGUAUUGCGCUUAGGAUACACGAAAAGAUGGUGGAUCAAGGUUUGCAGCCUAAUGUGCUGACGUUUAAUACAAUGAUAAGUGGGCUUUGCAGGGAGGGGAAGAUGGAGGAAGCUAAUGGAUUGUUAGAAUUGAUGAUUCAAAGAGGCUUGCAACCUGAUGUGCCUAAUGUGGUGACGUAUAAUACAAUGAUAAGUGGGCUUUGCAAGGAGGGGAAGAUGGAGGAAGCUAAUGGAUUGUUAGAAUUAAUGAUUCAAAGAGGUUUGCAGCCUAACGUGGUGACGUUUACUACGAUGAUAAGUGGGCUUUGCAAUGAGGGGAAGAUGGAGGAAGCUAAUGGAUUGUUAGAAUUAAUGAUUCAAAGAGGUUUGCAGCCUAAUGUGGUGACGUAUAAUACAAUGAUAAGUGGGCUUUGCAAGGAGGGGAAGAUGGAGGAAGCUAAUGGAUUGUUAGAAUUAAUGAUUCAAAGAGGUUUGCAACCAAACAUAGUUACUUAUACAACUUUGAUGGAUGGUUAUUGUUUGCUGCAUAGAUCUAAUGAUGCAAAGGAGCUGCAAAUCUCUACGGAGAGUAAGGGUUGUAAGCCUUAUGGUUUUGUUGUUUUUGGGAUGAUUUUGAGGCGGGGUUUAAGACCAAAUGUUGUGACUUUCACUUCGUUGAUUAAAGGUUUGUGUUUAGAGAAUAGGAGUUUGGAGGCUAUGGAGUUGUUCAGGAAAAUGGCUGUGUUUGGGGUCAGGCCUGACGCGAUUACGUAUUGGACAUUGAUUAAGGGGUUGUGUUGGACAGGGAACACUAGUGUUGCGCUUAGAUUGCAUGAAGAAAUGGUUGCUUUUAAUGGUGAAGGGGUUGUUAUCUGUAAGCCCGAUAUUGUUUCUUAUGGUAGUAUUAUAGAUGUUCUUUGCAAAGAUGGGUUGGUUGAUAAGGCAAAAGAAUUUUUUUUGGAAAUGAAGGGGAAGAGAAUUAAGCCAGAUGUGGUUGUUUUUAACUCUCUAAUUUACGGUUGGUGUUUUGUGGGAAAUUUGGAGGAGGCUAAAGGCUUGUUUGUUGAGAUGGCAGAUCAAGGUUUUCAGCCUAAUUUACUGACGUAUAAUACAAUUUUCAUCGGAUUCUGCUUUCGGAAUGGAUAUAAUAAAGAGAACACUGCAGACUGGGCAUCCAAUCAUUCUCAGCUGAUGAAAGAGUUGGGGAGAAUAAACUGGUUUUUGGUCUCUCAUAUGCACAAAUGCAAGCACAAAAGUUUGGACUUCGAUAACGUAGUAGUGAGUGAUGGAAGUGAAUUAACUGCUAGUGUUGUGGAAGUAAAAUAACUAGAACACGAUAAUGGUGGCGUGUGUUGUUUGGGUUUUGUCAAAGGCAGUAUAUUGGUUGUAGUGGUGAGUUAUUUAAUUAGCAGUUCUUGUUUUUGGUGAUGGCAGUGAUAUUAUUGAUGGCUCUAAUCGUGGGUACAUUAGAAUUGGCGAUGCUGGUGGUGGUUCAGAUUAGAUUUGUGUAAAUCUGAUGGAAAUUUUAAUGCAACAUAGAUAUGGUUGAUCAAAAUUACGAUGAUCAACUCUGAAGAAAAAGGAGAAGAGAAGGUUUUAACCGUCUAGUUACAUGUAUUAUUUUCAACAUUCAUGAUGUUAUCUUUGACCUGUUUUUCAAUCUCUGUUAUCUGACAAUUGAAUUCAAAAGUUG